AUGCCUUCCGAACCCACAAAAGCCUCCAAUGCGGGCAUCAUCACAGAUGAUGCGGGCGAGCGCCAGAUUCCCGAAUCGAAGCGAGCUGAUGGUAGCACACGCAAAGCCAUCAAGAUCCGUCCCGGCUACCGCCCACCCGAAGAUGUUGAGGUCUACAAGAACCGCACUGCCGCAGCUUUCCGUGACCGCACCGCAAGGGGCGGCAUCCCUGGCGCGGCGGGUUUGAAAGAGGAGAAGCCCGAAGCUUCCCCCUCUGCUUCGAGCAAUAAGAAUGCGAAGCGUCGCGAGGCCAGGAAGAAAGCCAAGGCUACUGGAGAGGACGAAGCCGAGGAUGCCAAGCAGCAAGCCAGCGCCGACGCCCCCAAGGCUGAAGAGGUCGAUCCCGAAGUCGAGAAAGAGAAGAAGGCCCGGAAUCUCAAGAAGAAGCUCAAGCAGGCCAAGGACCUCAAGAGCAAGAAGGAGGGCGGUGAGACGCUGUUGCCCGAGCAGAUCGCCAAGGUCAUCAAGAUCAAUGAGCUCAUUCGUGAGUUGGACGCCUUGGGAUUCGAUGCCGAAGGAGAGCCCAAAGCCAAGGAUGGGGCUGAGGGAGAUGCCACGCACAAGAACGAGCCCAAUGAAGCCUGA